AUGCACGCCUCUCCUUUGAUGCUCUGCCUUACCACCAUCCUUUGCUUUGCCGUUUUCUUCGUCGGCCCCGUCACUGCCGCUCCCAUCGCCGCUUCCGCCAAGGUCUGCAAUGCCGCCAAGCGCGCCGCGAAGACCGCCUCUGCGGACUCUGGCGCCGAUAUCUCCGUCGGUGUCUCCGUAGGCAUCCCCGAGGCGACUUCGACCGCAAGUUUCAGCCACGGUCACCACCACAGCUCGACCGUCACUGACCUGCCCACCGCCACCGGCACCACCAAGUCCGCAUCGGCAACCGGCACCAAGUCGACCAAGUCGAGCUCGGUUAAGUCGACUGGCACCGCUAGCGCUAGCGUAUCUGCUGCCUCGUCCACGUCCACCGGUUCCUCUUCGUCUGGCUCUUCCCCGCGCUUCGUUGUCUACACCGACCAGUCCGUCUCGAGCAAGAAUGGUCUCCCCGACGUCGACGACAUCAAGGGCUUCAACACUCUCGCGAUCUCGUUCCUUCUCGCGAGUGGCCCAGCCGACCAGGCUCAGACUUGGGCUGACUUGUCCGACUCUGACCGCAAGGCUGCCAAGAAGGCCUACAAUGACGCCGGCAUCAGCGUCAUCGUUUCCGCUUUCGGCGAGACCGAGUCGCCCACGACAGACGGAACUGACCCCACCUCGACCGCCAACACGAUGGCCGAGUGGGUGAUCAAGUACGACCUCGACGGCAUCGACGUCGACUACGAGGACUUCGACGCGUUCAACAAGGGCGCUGCUGCCCAGACGUGGCUCAACACCUUCACCAAGGCACUCCGCAAGAAGCUCCCGGCCGGCCAAUACACCAUCUCGCACGCCCCCGUCGCCCCGUGGUUCUCCGACUCGUACGAGAACGGCGGCUACCUCGCGAUCGACAAGGCCGUCGGCGACGACAUUGACUGGUACAACAUUCAGUACUACAACCAGGGCACCGACAUGUACACCGACUGCGAGGGUCUGCUCACCAAGUCCGGCUCGUCGUUCCCCAACACGGCCGUUAUGCAGAUCGCGGACGCCGGUGUGGAUCUGAACAAGAUCGUCAUUGGCAAGCCCGGCAUUGCGUCGGACGCCAGCGACGGUUUCCUUUCCACCUCUACGCUUGCGAGCUGUGUCAAGCAGGCGCAGGCUAAGGGCUGGAACGCUGGUGUCAUGAGCUGGGAGUACCCCCACGCGGACACGAAGUGGGCGACGGCUGUCCGCAGCACCGUCUUCCCCCUCUAA